GAAGUUCUGGAAUCCACACCAGCUCGCGGUGGUCUGCAACAUGGAUGACAUGACAACAUGGCCAGAAGUGGAGAAAGCCGCUACAGAAAAGAGACGAGAGUUGGUUUUGCAGGGCGCAGCAGCCGACCAGAAGAUCUCCUCACAAGGGGGGCUCACGCCCGCCGUGUAUACCCUCACUCUGCUCAAUUAUCUGGAGGUUAGCCAGUGCCCGAGUUUGACGGAGCUCCACGACGACAUCCAGCGUCUGAGCAACCUUCAGAGUCUCAUCCUGUGCAGAAACAAACUGGCCUUCAUGCCGAAUGUCAUCAGUAGCCUUAAGUCCCUGAAAGUUCUGGACGUUUCGGUGAACAACCUCAAGGUUUUACCGGAAGGCAUCACUCAACUACGAGAGCUGACCACUUUGAAUGUGAGCUGCAACAACCUGGAGGCUCUCCCGGACGGGCUGAGCCACUGCGCCAAGCUCUCCACCGUCAACAUCUCCAAGAACCGCAUCGCCGGCUUCCCCGCGGAUCUCUACUCGGAACGCCUGGACCUGCUCAGCACCCUGGUCGCCUCGGAUAACGCCAUCGUGGAGCUCAGCAGAGACGUUCACAAGCUGUCUGCUCUUAAGGUGCUGGAUCUCUCCAACAACAAGCUGAGCGAGAUCCCGUCGAGUCUGAGCGACUGCUCCAAGCUGAAGGAGAUCAACUUCAAGGGCAACAAGCUCAACGACAAGCGCCUGGAGAAGAUGAUGAACGGCUGCCAGACCAAGUCCAUCCUGGACUACCUCCGAGGCAAAGGGAGGCAGGCCGAGGAGAGAGGCGACGAUGACGGGGGGCGCGGCGCCGACAAGAAGAAGAGGCAGCAGCAGCAAAAGAAGAAGAACAAGAAGAAGGAUGCGGAGGACGACGACGACGAGGUGGAAGAAGUGAACAAGAUGGUGGUGAAGGUUCUCCGUGUUUCCGACGCUCCUGCCGCUCUCACGGUCCGAGUGAACGCAGACGUGAAGGACGUGCGGCCUUACUUGGUGUGCUGUGUGGUCAGAGGCAUGAACCUCAAAUCUGGGAACGCUCUCAAGAGGUUCCUGAUUGCCCAGACAAAGCUCCAUGAGGACGUGUGUGGGAGGAGGACCAUCGCCACCAUUGCCACUCAUGAUGUGCAGCUUCUCAAAGGUCCUCUGGUGUAUGACGCCAUACCUCCCACACAGCUGAAGAUUGUGCCGCUGGGUCGGAAGGAGAUGACGGCCGUGGAGCUGAUAAGACAACUUCAGCAGGAGGCUGAUGAGCUGAGGAAGCAGAAGAAGAGGCAGAAUGUCACAGGCCUCCACAAAUAUCUCCAGCUCCUGCAAGGUAAAGCCGUGUAUCCCUGCCUGGUGGAUGCUGAGGGACACGUCAUCUCAUUCCCGCCCAUCACAAACAGUGAUAAAACUAAGAUCAAGAGGACAACCCAGGAGUUGUUCUUGGAGGUGACGAGUGCCAGCAGCCUGCAGAUCUGUAAAGAUGUCAUGGACACUCUGAUUGCGAAAAUGGCCGAGUUGAACAAGUUCACAGCCGAGCACCGGGAGGAGGCGGGGUCCGGCGGAGAGGGGGACGCCCCACCACCGGACCAGGCAGUCGGUACGGACGCCUCCAGUGAGCUGACCGUCCAGCAGGUUCGAACCGUCGACCAGGACGGGAACCUGAAGGUGGUCUACCCGUCUAAGACCGACCUCGCCCAAGACGUCUCUAACUUAACUGUCGUUUGGUAACUAAAGAUGAAGAUUGCAACAACAUAAUGCUUUUAUUAAAGGGAACAUAAAGUGCAUUUUUGUGAUAUUUCUUCACUUUUGUAGACAAAUACUUCCAUCCCUUCCAUCCAUUUUCUACCGGUUGUCCCUUAUGAAUAAUAUUAGCUAAUCAUUGAGUACGGUACAUCGUUUCCACUCUUCCCAAGCCU